GCAACAAAGGCGAUAAGAAUUCUUCUUUGUCCGAGGCUCCGAGGAAAGGCUGUGAGGGAGGGAGACCCUACUGAUUUCUCCGUGGUGCCUUGUGAGGAUCAGCCAUGCCAUCAGUGGGUGCAGGAGACUCCUGGGAGCUGCUCGCCACCGACUGAGUUCGGUUCUGAUGGGUCUCAGAAUGAGGGCUGCUGCCAUCCUGGCCCUGGUCGGCUGCCUGGCCACCGUCACUGAAUCCAAAGUCUACACUCGCUGUAAACUGGCAAAAAUAUUUUCAAGGGCCGGCCUGGACAAUUACGAGGGCUUUAGCCUUGGAAACUGGAUCUGCAUGGCGUACUACGAAAGCCACUACAACACCACGGCUCAGACCGUCCUGGAGGAUGGGAGCAUUGACUACGGCAUUUUCCAGAUAAACAGUUUCACGUGGUGCAGACGUGCGAAGACGCAGGAGAAGAACCAUUGCCACGUUGCCUGCUCAGCCUUGCUCACAGACGACCUCACGGAUGCGAUCAUCUGUGCCAAGAAAAUCGUGAAAGAUACCCAGGGGAUGAACUACUGGCAAGGCUGGAAGAAGCACUGUGAGGGCAAGGAGCUGUCUGAGUGGAAGAAAGGGUGUGAGGUUUCCUGACCCGGGACCCGGACCCACAGUGCCUGGCAGUGGGUCUCUGGGAUGUGUGAUGACUGGGCUGUCCUGGCUCCUUUCCUGCCCGUGUUCAAAACUCAGCUGUAUUUUUAAGGGAAUAAACAUUUCCAUUGAAA